AUGCGUUUUGAGGGUGUCUUCGCGGCCGCGCUGUUUGUGCAGGCAUAUGCGGCGCCGCCAGCGCAGGUUCCAUUGAGGGAGGAUGGGGGACGCUCAUUUCAGCCUGAUCAGCCAGGACAUGUCGAGAAGAGACGGCCUUUGCAUGGGCGAUUUCUGCAAAUUACAGACUUCCACCCGGAUCGAUUCUACGAGAUCUACUCGUCAACAUCAGAGGAUGCAGCAUGUCACCGUGGGAAAGGUCCAGCGGGAGUCUAUGGGGCAGAGACGAGCGAAUGCGACAGCCCCAUUUCUUUGGUCAACAAAACCAUGGACUGGGUCGCGAAGGAGCUGAAGGAUAAGGUGGACUUUGUAAUAUGGACCGGCGAUUCAGCGCGACACGACAACGACGAUGAACUACCGCGAAGUAAGGAGCAGGUCAUUGGACUGAACAAGUUCAUGGUGCAAAAGAUGGCUGAGGUGUUUGGGAAACACAAUGGAGAUGAAGAGGACGACGAUCCGAACAACGACUUCAUAAUCCCCAUCGUGCCGAACCUUGGAAACAACGAUAUCCUCCCGCACAACAUCAUGGCCAAAGGACCGAAUGAGUGGACAAGGACGUACGCGAGGAUUUGGAAGCAGUUCAUCCCAGAGGUGCAGAAACAUUCGUUUGAGCAGGGUGGCUGGUUCUACUCGGAAGUCAUACCAAACAAACUCGCAGUGUUCAGCCUGAACACAAUGUACUUCUUUGGAAGCAACUCGUUGGCUGAUGGAUGUGCUACACGCAGCGAGCCUGGGUUCCAGCACAUGGAGUGGCUUCGAAUUCAGCUGCAAUUCAUGCGCGACCGGAACAUGAAGGCUAUCUUGAUUGGACACGUGCCACCUGUCAGGCAAGACGCGAAAACAUCAUGGGACGAGACUUGCUGGCAAAAGUACACGCUCUGGCUCCGCCAAUACCGCGAUGUGAUCAUCAGCAGUCAUUAUGGCCAUUUCAAUUACGAUCACUUCAUGUUUCAGGAUUUCAAGGACCUCGACAAGGACACCAAGAAGGGAUACAUGAAGUACUUUCAUGCCGCUGAUGACGAGGACGACGACGACGAGAUUUCGGCUCAAGUCAAGACUGACUAUUUCAUUCAGCUGCGAGACGAAUGGUCUGAUUUGCCCACGCCUCCCAAGCAAAAGUCAAAAUCCUGGCUCGACCUCGUUCUUGGGAAGAAGAAGGACAAGGACAAGUUCAAGAAGAAGCAGAAGAAGUAUCUCAAGAAGAUGGGUGGAGAGUAUGCCGAACGGUUCGCCGCGACAUUCGUUAGUGCGAGCGUUGUGCCCAAUCUGUUCCCUACUCUACGCGUGUUCGAGUACAACGCCACUGGUCUGGAACACGCGCUUGACGAGCAUGUCGAGGUCCCGCACCCGGCGCCAUUCGAUUACGACGACAGCGAUGUUGAUGAACUGAAGAAAAAGAAGAAGAAAAAGCACAAGUUUACGAUCCCUGAUGGGCCCUCGAAGUCUACACCUCCCGGUCCGGCAUACUCGCCGCAAACACUCUCGCUAUUGAAGUACACGCAGUACUUUGCCAACUUGACGUACAUCAACAACGACUUCACCCAGUCAUCCGAGCGAGACGAUGAGAUAGACACGGAGAAGUGGAACGAGGGCAAGCACAAAGGCAAGAAGCCACACGACAAGGACCACAAACCAAAGCCACACAAAUUCAAGUACGAGAUUCUGUACGACACGCAGGACGACAAGACGUACCAUCUCGAAGACCUGACGAUGCCGAAUAUGGUCGAUCUGGCCAGGAGGAUUGGGGAUUUUGUACCACAAGACGACAGUCUAGACAUUUCUGCAGACGACGAAGAUGUGGAUGUUGACAAAAAGAAGAAGAAACACAAAAAGGGCCACCAUGGCCAUCGUAAGGAGAACGAGGCAUGGUUCACGUUCAUCAGACGAGCGUACGUCGAGACGAUGAACCCGGAAGACAUAGAUGAAGAAUUUGGGCGUUGA